AUGAGUCAUAUGGAUCAUAUAAAAGCUUCCACAAACAGUAGCGAUCCACAGUCCAGACCAGGACGUCUGAUAGUCAACAUGCUCAUCAAUAACACUCUACUUUUCGUUUCAAUCGCUAUCAUCACGACUUCAUGUCUCUUGGAUAGCCACAGUGGAGUCGCUUCUGCAAAACUGACGAGCUCACGGAGGAGUUAUAGUCGACCAACAUCAAGUUUUGGAAGAGGAUAUUCAAGGCCUCACUUACGGCCAAGAGGGCCAAACAGACCGCAAUCAUACUUUCCUAGGCAACAUAAAUGGCCAAUGCCAAACCCGAACCCAAUGGGUCCGAACAGGAGGUUCCCCAAGCCUGGUAUGCGUAAGUGGCCAAUGCUAAAACCGAACCCAAUGGGUCCGAACAGGAGGUUCCCCAAGCCUGGUAUGCGUAAGUGGCCAAUGCUAAAACCGAACCCAAUGGGUCCGAACGAGAGGUUCCCCAAGCCUGGUAUACCGAAGUGGCCGAUGCCAAAACCGAACUCAAUGAAUCAGAACAAUAGGUUGCCGGGGCCUGGUGUUCCGAAUAACCCGCAAAAGCCAAAUCCGAAUUCAGAAAACCAUAAUGAAUUGUUGCCGAACCCAGGUGUCCAAAAUGGAGUACUGUCUCCACAUAGUGGAGUGACCAAUGCUUAUCCUGGUUCUGGUCAAUUUGACAGUAGAAAUCACUUUGGCAGUGGAAUGUCUGCCAUUGAUCAAAUAAGUCACGGAAUAAAUACUUUCCAGUCAAUGUUCCCGAAUUCUAUGAAUGGCUAUAACUAUAACUAUCCCGAACAAUCUCCAGGAACAUACUCACAACCUCCUGGAGCAUACGAUGGCACUUAUCCGGAAUCAAUGAGACGAUCCGACGGAACUUACUCACAACCUCCUGGAGCAUACGAUGGCACUUACCCGGAAUCUAUGGAACCAUCCGACGGAACUUACUCACAACCUCCUGGAGCAUACGAUGGCACUUACCUCGAAUCUAUGAGACGAUCCGACGGAACUUACUCACAACCUCCUGGAGCAUAUGAUAGCACUUACCCGGAAUCUAUGAGACCAUCCAACGGAACUUACUCACAACCUCCUGGAGUAUACGAUGACACUUAUCCGCAAUCUUUGAAAGCAUCCAGUGGAACUUACUCACAACCUCCUGGAACAUACGAUGACACUGAUCCACAAUCUAUGGGACCAUACGGUAGCAGUUAUCCUCAAUCUGGUAACUCAUAUGGUGACAAUUCCUCACAAAAUACUGGUUCGAACGAUGGAACUUACCCACAGUUUGCUGAAUCAAACGAUGGCACUGUCAGAGAAACAUACGACGAAACUUAUCAACAACCUCCCGGAGCAUAUAAUGACAGUUCUUCACAAUCUAUGGGACCAUUCAAUGGCAGUGAUCAACAAUCUGGGGGAUCAUACGAUGACACUUAUUUACCGAAUGAAACAUAUGAUAACACUUAUUUACAACCUGAUGGCUCGAACUAUGGAACUUCUGAACAAUCCACUGGGCCAUACGGUGAGAAUUCCCCACAACCUGAUGGCUCGAACGGUGAAAAUCCUGAAGAAUAUGCUGAGUCAUAUAGUGACUAUUCUCCACAAUACUAUGGCUCAAACGAUAAAACUUCCGAACAAUCCGCUGGACCAUAG